AUGUCAGAACUCACUCGUACUUUGCCCGCUUCUUGGUACUGCAACAACUCCCUCUAUCAGAUGGAGCGACGGGCGGUGUUCCUCAAAUCCUGGUACUUGCUCGGCCCAGUCACCAGAUUCCAGAAAGUGGGUGAACAUGUUCCGUAUGACGUGGCACAGCAGUCUAUUUCUGCUGUUCGCAUUUCGGGCGAUAGUCUCAAUCCGACUCCUGAGGAGUUGAAGGUUGUCUGCGCGAAGACGGGCAAGGACGUGCGUAGCCAUGUCACUCCAACUGGAUUGCUGUUUUCAACCAUUUCCGAUGAUGCUCCUAGCUUCCAUGAGUUCUUCCCCGAGCUUGAGGAGCUGCUUGGUAAAGUCGACUUUACCAAAUUGCCGUAUCGUCGCAGCAUUAGCUAUGAAGGUCGAUUCAACUGGAAGACGAUGGUGGACGGAUAUCAAGAGUGCCUGCACUGCCAGUACACUCAUCCAUCAUUCUCGAUUUACUACCCACCUACUUUCUACAGUGUUCACAACAAACACAACUUCUCUCAGCACAUUGCAGACCCCAAGAAGCCAGAUGACGGGCUAUUCUUGUACUUCUUCCCAAAUUGCACGCUGAAUGUCUAUGGGGGUGGUAUGUCUUCAUUCAGAGUCUGUCCGACCGCAAAUCCGCAUGUCACCCGCAUGGAAUUUGACUACUAUCAUCUUGCCGAGGGGGAGAAAUUUGAGGAGUAUUUCAAAUUCGUGCGCCAGGUUGCUAUGGAAGACUUUGAGCUGUGCGAGAAGGCUCAGGACAAUCUGGCUAAAGGGGUUUAUCAUGAAGGAAUUCUUAACCCGGACAAGGAGAAUGGCGUGUCUUACUAUCAGCGACGAGUGUUUGAUAUGGUGUGUGAGCAGCAUGCUACUGAGAGAGCUGCGAAGACAACCAAGGAGACAGGAGCUGAGGAACAUACCGCAUCUCCAAUGGUCCAAAUGGAAGCGUAG